AUGAGUCAUCAUCAUGAAGAGCCAAAUUUGGGGUUUGUGGAGAGGAAUGGGAGUCAGUUCAUGCUUGAUGGAAGAGCCUUUUACAUCAAUGGCUGGAAUUCUUUCUGGUUAAUGGACCAAGCUGUGGAUGAAUAUAGCAGACCAAGGGUAAGGGAAAUCCUCCAAGCUGGUGCAAAGAUGGGUCUCACUGUGUGCAGAAUUUGGGCAUUCAAUGAUCGUGGUUUCAAUGCCCUCCAGCUUUCCCCCGGUCAUUUUGACGAGCGGGUUUUUCAGGCACUGGAUUAUGUAAUUGCAGAAGCAAGACAACAUGGGAUCAGGUUGCUUCUUAGCUUAGUGAAUAACUGGCAUGAUUUUGGUGGGAAGGCUCAAUAUGUCAAGUGGGCAAUGGAAGAAGGCAGAGUAGGUUUGAGUGCCUCUAAUGAUUCCUUCUUCUUUGAUCCAUCCAUCCGCAGAAACUUCAAGAAUUACAUCAAGCUGGUUUGA